AUGGCCCGGCAUCCACUUGUUCGAGCGUGCCUUCUCCAAGGCAUUGAUGUUCCAGAAUGGCUUCGUGAUGAUGAUCUUUACCCAAAAGAAGAUCCCGUUCUGGCGCCAGAUGCACUUCUCGCUCGCAGCGCGUCCCUACGAUCGAAAUCAUUACAAACGCUUCAAAAUCCAAAAUUCAGGCCAGAAUCACAAGCCGAUGUGCUGCGAAAACUUGCCACAGAGGCCCAAGAACUAGACGAGGCAUUCGAGGUUUGGUCGAAGUCCUCUCGCGACGAUUGGAAAUUCUUCGUUAUUUUGAGCGAGAGGCAGAGCGAUGUCAUAUUUGAAGACCAUACCCAUAAUUAUUCGACGCACAGCCAUGCAACCAUCUGGAACCGCUAUCGCGCUGCUCGUCUCAAUUUUAACAGUAUAUGUUUACGGGUUAUACCCAAUCUUUCUAGCGAUCUUUCUUGUCAGGAUUGGGUUGACGAUUGCUCGCAAGACGGCCAGGCUAUUCUGGACUCACAAGCAACAGAUAUAUGCCGCAUUGUAGGAUUUUUUUAUGACUUGCAGCGGACAAGCAAUGGGCUUGGGGGUGAGACUCCUCGAGGUAUUUCACUUCUUCCUCCGUCAAUGCCUUUCCUCGGAGCUCAGAGGUCGUUCAUCCUUUCGACAGAAGUGCAGCCCACCAUCGGCACAGCCCCCUUGCCCUUCGACCACGCCAAAGUGACCUCGCUCAUUUUCCAGUCCUUCUCCGUUGCGACUUUCUCGAUACGGUUGAUGAUUUCCUCGUCGGCUGCAGUCAUUCUGGGAGAGUGGGGCGACGGCCGCUUCGAUCGGAGAGAGCCAUCGAAUCCCACUGGACGUGCCAAUCUUCCAGCGUAUAGAGGUGACUACGAAUAA